AUGAAAAAUAAAGGUCAAUAAUAACACACCCUGGCAGUGAAGAAUGGAUCCUUGAUGAAUCCAGAGGGAUAAACAAUAAAUGGUUUGAUUGAUUUGAUUAAACUGAAGAGUCAACCAAAAAUAGUUUACUAUUUCGAUUUCUUAGUUUGCAUAGACUAAUCAGGAAAUCCCUUCAUCUUUUACCAUGAUAAAAAUAGAUACAUCAACAUUCCUACAAUUAGUCCAGCUCAAAUGAUAUCAUACAUAGAUAACAAAGGAGGUUAAUUAGCAAUUGCAUUGUAAAAUAAAACUAUUCAAAUUGUCUCCUGCUAAAAUGGAAGAAAUUUGAAAACACUCAAAGGUCAUGAACAUCUCAUCCUAAGUUUGCAUACAAAUCACACAUAAAAUCUCCUACUCUCAGUGAGUCAAGAUUAAUGCAUUUUACAUUCCUUGGAUUCAUUUGAAAAAGUUCAUUCAUUGUUCUCCAAAGGGAGUAUCUUCGUAGGAGCCAGUUUCUUGCCUUCUUCAACUGAAUUAGCAACUGUAAUGGCAGACAGAUCAUUAUCAAUUUGGAAUUUAUCAUCAUUCGAAAUCAUAAGCAGAAUCUAAUUACCUGAAUAAUUCAACAUCAAGUUCUGUCAAAUGGUCCCCUCAAUUGAUGGGUAAAGAUUGAUAAUUAAUUGUCACUCUAAUAAAAUUUACAUUUUAGAUAAUAACAAUAAUUUAAUAACUUAGGAUGUAAAUCAAGGAUAUGGCAAUGGUGUAUUAUUAGUUAAACCUAUUAAAAAAUAAUAGGUGUUGAUGUUGACUAAGAAUUUCAUGAUUAUUUAAAUAGAUAGCAGUGGUAGUCUCAUCAAAUGCAUGGAAAUAUUAUAGGGGAAAACACCUACUCACUUUGAUGUUUAUCAAAAUAAGAUUGCCAUUAUUUUAAAUACAGGGGAAAUUGCCUUGUAUGAUCUUAAUAAAUUAAACAAGUAGAAUCAGAAUCUUAAUUCAACUAUUGGUGUAAAUAUGAGCACUAUGAUCAAAGAGAAUUAUGCAGAUACUCUUAAUUUUAAUAAUACUACAACAAAUAUUGACAUCAAGAAAGUUGGAAAUAACACUAACACUAUGUAAGGGUCGUUUUCUUAAUCAGUUGUCAGUAAGAAGAACAGCAAAUCUAAUAGUAUGAGUUAACCAAUCAAUUCUCACACUUUAGGGAAAAUUUAUAAGAAUAGUGAAGAUCCAUUGAAAGAACUCUUAAAUUAUCAAAGACUAUAAUAGUUCUUAACUCAAUAUCAUGUCUUUCCAGAUGAUAAAAGAAGUUUAAUUUGGAGAUCCUUACUCAAUCUACCAAUGAAUUAGGAAGCCUAUAAUAAUCUAGUUAAUUAAGGAAUUCAUCCAGCCUAUUAAAAAUUAGCUGAUCAAUACCCUCUUUAGAGCGAAUCUCUGUUUUCAAGAUUGCAAAGAACAUUAUCUUGUUUGGCAUACUAUUGUCCUUUAUUUGCUGAAAUCGAUUAUCUACCCUAAUUGGUCUUUCCAUUUGUUAAAUUGUUUAAAAGAGGAGAGGAAAUGUUGAUUUUUGAAGCCACACUCUCCCUUUUAAUAUAGCAUUGCCAAAGAUUUUUCGAAAACUUCCCUAAUGCUCCUGUUUCCUUGUUACAAUUCCACGAUCAAGUAUUCAAUUAAGUAGAUCCUCAAUUGUAUUAACAUAUGAAACAAUACUUGGGGUAUUCGCCAAUUAAAUACUCCUGGCCUUCCAUUCGAUAAUUAUAUACAAAUCUAUUGAAUAAGAAUCAAUGGAUUUAAUUAAUAGAUCAUUUGAUAUUGUAUAAUGAUCUACCAUAAAUGAUCGUGUUGUUCAUGGUGGAAUACUUUAUUUAUUUUAAGAAUACCAUUAUGAGAAUGAAUGAUCAAGAUCAAUUGGAUCUGUUCUUUGCUAAAAGCAAUACAGUUGAGAUUGGCAGACUUAUAGAGAGUACAAUUAAUCUCAGCAAAUCAUUAGAUAUGGAUUAGUAUUAGAUUAAUUUAUAAUUUCUAUUGCCUUUGCAAAAGGAUUAAUAUCAACUCUUCAGUAUUUAUCCAAAAGGAAGUGUGCAGUAUUAGGCAAGAGUGAGAGAGUAGUUGUAAGAAGACGAAUAAAGAUUGAUAUAGAAACAGCAACAAAUCUCAAGGCUCUAAUAAAUGGCUCAAUAGAUGGAGUAAUUGGACUAGUUGUUUUAGGAGAAGUAGCUCUUGACUAUGUAAGCUGAGAAGGAUAGACAAGAGAUGUUUGAUUAUCAAGUUGAAAUGAGAGCUCAAAAGCAGUUUUAAUAAGAUCAAUAGGUUAGAUCGCAAAGAAUCAAGCAAUUAGAGAACUUAGAGAAGAAUAUGAAUCAAGCAGUUUAGAAAUAAUUAGAUUUGUAACAAUAGGAAUAGGAAUAUUUAAAUAAAUAAUUCAGGAAAACUUAAUUGGCUGACAAUUUUAGGAUUGUCUCUUUGUAAGAGGAGGAGGCCUUACAAAAUUUAGAGUAUCAGAUAUUUAGUAAGUUUCAACAAUAAAUGGAAUAAAGAACAAAGUAAGAGAAUCAGAGGAAGAUUCAAUCACAAUUAGAGUUCAGAUCAAAGGAAAAAGAAUUAUUAGAUUAAAUCAAGUAAGAAUAAUGGAAAAUGGACUCUUAGCAAUAAUAAAUAAAAGUCGAAUAAUUGAAGUAAUUAAGGAUGCAGCAGUUACAAGAACUGGAAAAUGAAGCAUAAAUAGAGGAAGUUGAAUAUCAAGAGAGAAUACAUUCAUUUCAAUAGGAUUUAAAGAUGAUUUAGUUAGAGAGAGAGAAAAAGCUAAGAGAUCAAAUGUUUUCGGAAUAGAUCAGCAAAGAAGAGUAGUAGUUGAGAGACAAGAAAUAGGUUGAAGACAAGAAGAGAUAAAGUAGUGUAUAGAGAAGGUAAUAAUUUGAGCAAGAGAUGGAGAGAAUGGCCAAAUAGCAUCAAGAGAAAUUGAGAAUGCAGGAAUAACAAUUAAUGGAGUAAUAUAAAAAAUCAUAGAGUUUCUCAAAUUAACAAUAUUAACCAAAUUACUAUUAAAAUAGUAAUUAUUAGAACAAUUUUGAGUAAAGUUCAGGCGAUAUCAGAGAACCAAUGACUAGUUAAAAAUUAUCAAGUGCCUUGUACGAUUUUCAAUCUAGUUAGAAAUAGCAACAAUUUUCACCUUCAAUGUUGGUUGAAGAUGAAAGAGAAAAGAUAAAUUAAUUGCGUAAUCAAUUAAGAGACGAGAUGCAAAAUAUAAGAGAAAGAGAACAUGAUGAACAAUUGUAAUCUAUGUUGAGAGAAAGAGAAUAAGAGAUAUUCAAAAGAACUUAAUAAAUAAGAGAUUAAAUCAAUCAAGAAGUUGAAAAUAAAAACAAUUCAACAUAUAACACAGGACAAUUUUAAAAGUAAUAGCAAUUUUACAGUCCAGGAUCAUCAUCACAAUUCUCUCUUUAUAAACCUUAACAAGAGGUUGACAUAGAACCAAGGGAUUUGUCAGAAUCUUAAUUGACUUAUAGUAGUGGAUUUACUUCUCCAGGUUAGCGUUAUUGA